CAAAAGGUGAAAUUGUACUUUGGAAUGUUCAGUUUGUAGCGCGCAAUUGUAGUGGGCAGGCGUAUCACCCCCGUAACUGAAGUGAAAGGCACCAUUUCUUCUGAAGAAACACAACAGACCUGAGACCCGGCCAUGAAGCUUUUCUACUUGCUGGUGAUCGUUGGGGUAGUAGUUCGCGGACAAGAGAUAGGUGAACCGGGAGGAACAGGUCCUGUGCCACCUUGCCAGGCGGAGAUCGAUGUGGCCAGUCCUGGCGAUGUCUUGCCAGAGUGUGACGAGUCUGGAUUCCAUGCCCCAAAGCAAUGCAACGCUGACAGAAGCCUCUGUUGGUGCGUGACGCGCUGCGGCGAUCCCAUCAUGGAUACCAAGGGGGGGCCGGACAUCAUCUGCGAGCAAGAUGACCCUCCCUGCAUUCAGGAAUUGGAGAGUUCCUCUGGUGGUCGUAUGCGACUUGGGAAAUUCAAGCCACGCUGCCAUGAGAGUGGCUUCUACCACCACACUCAGUGCAAGGGGUCGGUGUGCUGGUGCACGGAUCGCUGUGGCAACCGCAUGGAAUCAUCCUCGUACAGCAUUGGGAGAAGUGGAGUUUGUGAUUGUGACGAUGGUGACUAUGCCUGGAAAUGUACGACCAACCCCUGCGACCUCGAGACCACUGCCUGCCCUGCCCACCCCGAUGCUGUGUGCAAGCCCUCUGCCUGCGGCGCCUGUGUUGCCAAAUUUUAUGUCGGCGAGAAGGAGGUGGAUUGUGCCUUGCCAGAACCCAGUGUCUUAGGACCAGAGCCAGAACCAGGACCAGAACCAGGACCAGAGCCAGGCCCAGAGCCGGGACCAGAGCCGGGACCAGAGCCAGGCCCAGAGCCGGGACCAGAGCCAGGACCAGAGCCGGGACCAGAGCCGGGACCAGAGCCAGGACCGGAGCCGGGACCAGAACCAGAACCAGGACCAGAGCCAGGACCAGAGCCAGGCCCAGAGCCGGGACCAGAGCCGGGACCAGAGCCAGGACCAGAGGCAGAACCAGAGGCAGAACCAGAACUGAUGUGCACCGACACUCACGGCACUAAGCACAAGGCUGCGGAGAGGUGGAAGAUGGACAAGUGCAUUGAGUGCCAUUGCCAGAAUGGGGAGGCGGUCUGCAUGACACCGAUGUGUGCCGGCCCACUGAUGGGCUGGAAGUAUUGUACCAUCAAGGCUGGUAUGGAGGAUGCCUGCUGCCCGGAGUUUGACUGCGUGGGCUGUCUGGACUCUGAGAGACUGAACCAUUAUGAUGUGGGGGAGACGUGGAAUGGAGAGGGUGACCCCUGUAAUGCUUGUAGGUGCGUUGGCAACAACAGAGUGUCUUGUGUCAGGGAGAUCUGCCCAGGGGUGAAUCGUUACAUCCCUCCUUUGUGUCGAUGGGUGAUUCUUCCCGGGGAAUGCUGCCCGAGGGACCAAGGACCAAGUGGCAUUGUGUGCGAUGAACCCAUUUCUGCUUGCAUUCCCGGGAGUGCUGUGAUGCCAGAUUGCCCCUCGGACCUGUGUUUGACGGCAACGUGCGAGGGCCACCCGGAUGCCCAGUGUAAAAUAAGCCACUGUGGCACAUGCCAUACCGUCUUCUACGACAGCGACGGCGUGAAGCUGGACUGUCUGAAUGAACCUGUUGUCCAUGAACCCACCUGCUCUGAUGAGGCGAUGAUGACUUGCCUCUUGUCUCCCUGUGACGCUGGGGCUGUCUGUGACGGGCACCCCGAUGCUGUCUGCUACGUUGACUACUGCCACCAGUGUGAGGCAGUGUUCUUUGACAAAAGAAACCAACCGUUGGCAUGCCGGGCCCCCCAUGACAUUACUGAAAGGUGCGAUGAAAUUCACAACGUCGGUGACCAUUGGGACGAGAACUGCAUGACUUGUGAGUGCACCAGCGAUGCGUUCAUUGCCUGUGUACCCAACGAGUGUGGCGAACCACCUUCCCCUCUUCCUCUGAGAUGUCGCUUGGUGAAACAAACCCCUGAGGAAUGCUGCCCUUCCAAAGUGGUUUGCGAAGAAGCAAUAUCUGAUUGUCCCGUGGGAGCAUCCAUUGCUCCAUCCUGUCCGGAUGACCUUUGUAACACCACCUGCGAAGGUCACCCAGAGGCCGUCUGCCAUAUCAGCCGAUGCGGAGGUUGCUUCGCCAAGUUCUUUGAUGAAGAGGACCAAGUGGUUCAGUGUGUGGGAGGUCUGGUAGAGGUGGAACCGAAAUGUCCUGAUGGCUCUCUACAGGCCCAGUGCCUCGUUUCCCCGUGUGAGUAUGCCACGUGCAAGUACUAUCCCGAGGCUGUGUGCCAUGUCGACUACUGCCAGCCAUGCGAGGCCAUCUUCCAUUGCCCUUUUAACAAGGAGCUGAACUGCCUAGAGAAAAGGAAAGAGGAGACAGAAGAGUGUAAGGAUUCCUCCAACAUCAAACAUGACGUGGGCGAGACGUGGAUGGAAGGAUGCAAUGAGUGCACGUGCACGGAGACAGGCAUCCCAGCAUGCCGAGCUAAGACAUGUGACACUGCCACCUGUGAGGGCGGUUACCGUGUGGGUGAGCGUUGGCAAACAACCUGUAUGACCUGUGAGUGUUCUCCAUCCCUCACCCCUGUCUGCAUAUCCCACGAGUGUGGACAAGCUCCACCCCUCCCUGACAGGUGUUACUGGGCCAAACAAACACCCGACGAAUGUUGCCCUUCCAAAAGGGUCUGUGAAGAAGCUAUAUCAGCCUGUUCCGAAGGGUCCUCGGUUGCCCCAUCCUGCCCAGACACACUCUGUGACGCACCCUGUGAGGGUCAUCCAGAGGCCACGUGCCUCAUCAGUAGAUGCGGCGGCUGUGUGGCAAAGUAUUUUGACGAGAACAGCCAACGAGUCCAAUGCGAGGGAGGACCAGUGGAAACCUUGCCGGAAUGUCCCGACUGGUCGCCCCCAACGUGUCUCAUUGCGUUUUGCGAGCUUGCCGAAUGUGAGCGUUACCCAGAUGCUGUGUGUCACACUGACUACUGUAAACCCUGCGAUUUCGUAUUUUAUGAUGAUCAUAACCAGAAACUGGACUGCUCCAUUGAAG